GGCUUGCCGGGACUUAUAGUAGUUAGAAGCUGAGUUCACCGGUUGCCGCCUACACGGUCUGCCGCCGCGCCGCGGUUACCAAGGGGUACAGAAGGUUGUGGUAGGCGCCACAGUGGAGCGGCUCCGAGGUCCCCGGGAGUCUCGCAGGCGCGCCUCCCGCGUUGCCGGGACGCAGCCCCUGCAGACGCCUCGGAGACGGAAGCGACGACGGAGGCAGACAGACUGAAGAACUCCAUAGCAUUGUGUUUAUGGUUCAGUUUAGUUCAGUAAACACUCAUUGAACCUCUUCAAUGGGCCAGACCCUGUAUUGAAGUGCUGGGGAUAAAGAUAUAGGUGAAGAAACACAAAAAAAAGCAAGUCAAGGGGUCUUUCCCAAGGUCAAAGAUCAAGGAGAUGGCCUCUUCAGGAAUAUACAAGCUGGAUAAUGGGAAGUCUUACCUGAACAACUGCUUUCCAGCCAAAAAUCUCCUUCGGAUGCCAGACGAAGGCCGAGGACACUGGUUAGUGGCUCGGAAAUGUAACCUCAAGAAGAAGCCCAAGAGUGUGCUUGAGGCACCCGCUGAAGUUCAGGAAAGCCAAAAGAAAUUUUCUUCUGAGGUCAGGGGAAAGAAAGGGUUUCAACAGGAAAACCAAGCGGACAUUGUUGGACAUGUGCUGGACCGGGCUUUUCUGCUGAAGCACCAUUGUGUGAGGAAGCCAUCAGACCUGAUCAACAUCAAUGUGAACGGCCUGAAGUUCUCCAAGGCUAAGGAAAAGGACUUCAAGCAUUUUAAUUCAGUGAUUUACAUCAAUGCCUCAGAAAACCUGCUUCCUCUAGAGGCAUUUCAUACAUUUCCAACCUUAAAGGAACUGGAGCUUGCAUUUAAUGGAAUCAAAACAGUCUACGUGAAAUACGGAGACUUUAAGUUCUUGGAAUUCCUGGACCUUUCCUUCAACAGCCUGACUGCAGAGGCCAUUUGUGAUCUGGGGAUUCUCCCGCACCUCCGUGUCCUGCUCCUCACAGGCAAUGGGCUCACCUCCCUGCCACCCAAUUUGGCUGUCACAGAACAAGAAGAGCAUCACUGUGGCCAGCCUGCCUUACCCCACAUGAACCAAAGCUGUGGUCCAUGCCAAGGGCUCUGUCUCCUGAUGCUCCUAUGGUUGCUGAUACUCGGGGUGAUGCAGCAUACCCAGGAGUUGGACCUGACCCAAAAGUGUUCAGUAUUCUUUCUGCAGAAUGUUUUCCCUCAACUUGGUCAUGCCUUGGUCACUCUUUUAUUUUCCACGAGCAUUCCUAGUGGCCCCAUCCUGCCCCAACCCAGUCUCACUGAGUCCAUCUGUGAAUAUGUGCAACCUUUCUCCAUACAGAAGACUGAUGUGGAAGCAUCUGUAACAUCACUGACAAGCAGGAGGUACAUCCUGAGGUUCCCAGCGCUGGAGACACUGAUGCUGGAUGACAACAGGCUCAGCAGCCCCAACUGCUUUGCCAGCCUGGCCGGACUCAGAAGACUGAAGAAAUUAAGCCUGGACCAAAACAGGAUUUUCCGGAUCCCGUACCUACAGCAGUUUCAGCUCCGCGACGGGUCAGGGGACUGGGUUGGAGGCAGGGGGUGUCCGCAGAAAGAGCUCCAUUCCAUGCGACAGCCCAAGUCAUGGAUGUUUGAGGCCUCUGAUGAGCAACCAGAUUAUACUGUGCUGCCCAUGAAAAAGGAUGUUGACCGGACAGAGGUUGUGUUCUCAUCUUACCCUGGAUUUUCAACAUCGGAGGCAACCAAGGUAUGUGCACUUCCUCCCAUAUUUGAGAUUCUUCCCGUGAAGUCACUGAAGGCCAGGAACCAGACGCUGGCCCCACCCUUUCCAGAGCUGAGGUACCUUAGCCUGGCCUACAACAAGAUCGCAAAGGAGGAUGCCAUCCUGCCAGUAGCUCUUUUCCCAUCUCUCUGCGAGCUCAUCUUUCAUAAUAACCCUCUGGUGUCCCAUACACGAGGGGUCCCUCCACUGCUGAAAAGCUUCCUCCAGGAGCGGCUGGGGAUCCACUUGAUUCGCAAGAAGAUAGUAAAGGCUAAGCAUCAUAUUUUGAUGCCUCGGAAGGUCUCGAGGAAGGUGAAAACCCAAGUCCCAAAGGUGCCAAAGCAGCCUCUGCUUCUCCAUCAUCUCCCUGUGACUGCAGUCCCAUCUCCCUCAAAGGAGAUCCCAGAGUCUGAGGCAGGGCUGACUAAAGAGCUGUCCGCUGCCGGCAGUCCUCUGGAGUCACAGAUACCUGUUGAGGGCAUGGAGGGACUUUCCCUGUCCCACCGGACCUUCGUGCCCCUACCUCCCAUCUGCUCCGAUUCCACCGUGCACAGUGAAGAGACCAUGUCCCACCAUAGUGACAGACCCGGCCGCCUCAGCCCAGAGCACCUAUCAGACGAGGACACCAAGAGCAUGGAGUCCAUAUUCUUGACCCAGGUGGGUGAGCUGCCUUCCUCCAUCCUCCGGAGGGAUGAUUCAGCCAUAAAGGAGGAAGAGCAAAGACCACCCCACACAGCACCCAGAGAGGUAAAGGGGGCUUGGAGGAAGCCCCCGACUGCCUCCCUCCCCAGCAAGUACCAUGGCUACGAGGAGCUGCUGACAGCCAAGCCUGAUCCAGCCUUUGUUGAGCCAAAGGGAAUCCAGAAGAACACGCAGGCCCUGCAGCGCAUGCUGAAGUGCCCGCUGCUGUGCCACUCCGCCAAGCCCAGGCUGGACACGCUUCAGAAACGCUACAUGCCCAAGAAGAAGCGGGCCCAGAGGAUCCCUGUUCCACCGCCACGGAAGACUCGAGCCCAGCUGCUGGAUGACCUCCUCAUUCGCAUGCGGGAUCCCCGGAACAUUACAGAGGCUCCACUAGGAGCUGUCCUGCGCCAGCAGACUGAGCGGCGGCUGGUGAACCAGAAACAAUACCUGGAGGCCAAGCGGCUGCUGAAGGAGUUCCAGGCCCGCUACAGGCAGCUGGUGCGCUGCUCACUGCGUACAGUGUUCAGGGCUGCAGCACCACCCCCGAGCCGCCCAGCCCUGAGCGAGGGCCAGCCUAGGUUCGGCCGCUUCCUCGAGUUCAUGGAUGAGUUCUGCCAGGGGCCCACGGCCAGCGACUUGAAAGGCUAAGGGCUGCGCACGGGGCCAUGUGCACUGCCCUGCCUGUGCCUGACGCCCUCCCAGGGCUCUGUGCCCUGGACCACACCUUGGGGCUGGGUGUGCCAGGUGCGGGCCUCAGAUCUUGGCCUGGCCUUGCUUGCUGGCCGCAGAGAGUGGGGAACUGGUCAGGACCUCCCCUCCCCAGGCUGGGCAGGACCCAGCACCUGGCCAAGCAGCAAUAAAGAAUAGGUGCAUAUAGA